AUGGCGGACAGUCAGCUUGCCCUCUUUUCGGCUCUUAUCUCGCUGCUCAGAAGACUUGGUAAACUUGAUGAUAACAUCGUUCUGGCCUACACCCUCGAGCGUGGCAAAAAAUUGUCAAUGCUCUCGCUAUUCUACGUCUCAAAUGUCAUUCUAGCCUUGUUUGCCUUGUCUGGAAUGAAUAUUCCGAUGUAUAAUGCAAUGAGAAGGUGCGUGCCUAUUGCUUCUCUUCUCCUCGGACCUUGCAUUUACCCGCAGCGAACUACUUCCUCAAUUAUCAUGGCGAUCAUUUUGAUCACGGCUGGUACGAUUACUGCUGCUCAGGGAGACUUGGAUUUUGACUUCAAGAGCUACACUUUCGGAUCGCUCUCUGUUCUUACCCAGGCUCUCUAUCUCCUGACUCUUCAACGAAUGGGUUCCGACAACAAGCUCGGCUCGUACAAAACUUCUUCUGCCAAAACUCUCACAAUCCUGUACGUGAACUCUGUCAACUGCCUCCCAAUCGUUUUCGCAGUCGUUUUCUUGUCGGGAGAGUACAACUCGAUGAAGAGCUAUCCUCACUGGAGCGAGCCUGGAUUCCUCUUUGCUCUCGGCGUUGUUACUUCUUUCGCCUGUGUUUUCAGCUACUCGAUCUUCCUCUGCACAACGGUCAACUCUGCGUUAACCACUGCAUGCGUUGGCGUCAUUAAAUCUGCCUUGACGACGAUUAUCGGCAUGUACACAUUCGGUGGCGUUGCAGCGACUCCCUUGUUGAUCAUCGGACAGCUUAUUAAUCUCUCUGGAGGGUCUCUCUACACUUACGAAAAAUACAGACUACAAAAGCCCGCGUCGCCCAAGCCGACAAAGAAAAACUCCUCGAUUCGUCCGAGAAAGCCUAAAUUCACCAAAACUGCCCGCAACUCUUCAAAAACAACAUUUUAG